AUUUUUUUAAAAAUAAAAAAUACUUUUCUUCUACACACAUUUUAUAUUUUAUUUUUUAAAAAAAUGGAAGGACAACAAAACAAUCAAACAGGACAAAAUACAAACGUAAAUCAAUCGCAGCAAUCAAGAACUCAAAAUCAAACACCACCACCACCAAAUCAAAAUAGUGGUGGAUUUCCCGGAUUAUUCUUUCCGAUAAAUAUCAUUUUUAGAGAACGAGCACGGUCUUCUGGCGAAAAUAAUUCACAGGAUAAUGGUUCUCAAGGAGGCCAAGGAGGUCAACAGGGUCAAGAAGGUCAAGAAGGUCAACAAGAACAAGAACAAAUUCCUCAAGUUCAAUUUUUCGUAUAUCCGAUUCCAGGGGGUGAUGGUCAGGCUUCUCCAGGUGUAUUUUUCUUCACACCUUUCUUCUUCCCACAACAACAAGUUCACAAACCACGUGCUUCAGAAUCUGCUCUUAAGAAAUUACCGAUUAUUACUAUAACCAAAGAAUAUGUGGAUUCGCAAGCAAGCUGUCCAAUUUGUUUAGAACAUUUUUCACUCCCUGAAGAAAAUAAGGAAAAAGUGACCGUACGUCAAAUGCCAUGUAAUCACAUUUUCUGCGAGUCAUGUCUUUUCCAAUGGUUAAGACAAAAUAAUUCGUGUCCUUUAUGCAGAAAAGAAAUUGAAGAAGAAGCAGAACAAAAAAAUGAUAAUGAUUCAACAACAACUGCAUCUCCAACUCCUCCUGAGACGACAAAUGUAGCACAACCAAAUUCACAUUCACAUGAUUCACAACCAACAUGUAACUUGGCGAGUGUUGGUUGCUGUGAAGAAACAGAAAACAAUGCACAAACACCCGUAAUUACAUUGCCACAAUGUCAUCAUAGAUUUCACGCUUCGUGUUUAAGAACAUCCUUACUAGUUGAAGGAUAUUCGCCAGGUGAUUUUAAUUCAAUUCCACAUCCGUUAAACUUUCAUUGUCCAACGUGUCGUUCUCCCGCAAUUGUUCAAAGUAGUAUGCUUAAAAUGCCCACAGCGCCACAUGAUGAACAACAAGAACAGCAAGUUGCGCCAUUUAACUUACCAAUAACAAUUCACAUACCAGAAUCUGAAUCUGAUGAUAUGGAUUUAGACUUAGAUUAAAAAAAGACUAUUAAUAGAACAGACAUUACAGACAUUUUUUAAAACAAUUAAAAUUAAAAAAAAAAAA